UUUAAAUUUACAGGUCAUCGCAUUAUGAGUGGCAUAGUUGGAUCAACUCGUGGGCUUGGGAGCAAGUAUGGGCUUGGUGUCAGUUCUCUGGGAUCAUCCAGCGACGUCGUUCAAAUACGUUUGCAGGGUGAUUCCUAUCCUAGUAGCGAUUCUUUGGGUUUGUCCGGAAUGGAUAUGUUCGGUGGACUAUCUGGUUAUGGUGUUUCUUCCGGUGUACCCUAUUAUGUAGACUCAGUAGGUGGAAGUGUAAGUCUAGGUGGCGGAAUGUUGGGAUUUGACGAUGAACUUGGUCACUCAGGACUAGAUAAUAGUGAACUUGUCCAGUUGUUGGGAGGCAGUCAAGCUAUCGCCCAGCUUUCAGAUAGUCAACUAGAAGAACUUGGUCGUGCACAGUUUACUAUCGUGGAUCCUAGGACUGACAGUGAGCUGGCAAACUGUCCUCUAAGUUUAUCCGUGGAAGAAGAUGAUCGACCUUUAGAUGAAGAUGAGAUCUUGUGUGUAACCAAAGCAAGAUGCCUGGAUCGUGUUCGUGUCCUGUCUGUUCCAGCUUCCGGAUAUACAAGUAUAAAUACUGGUGAUCUUGCCAAAUGCAUCAAUCUGCGUGAAUUAGAUUUGUCAGAGAAUGCAUUACGCGUAUUCCCCAGACGUCUGCAUUUACCGCAGUUAACAAAACUCAGCAUUACAGGGAAUAGAUUUAUACACCUACCGUUGUUUGAACAAUUUCCUAAACUCAUUCGAUUGAAUUUAGACGACAAACUGAAACAAUUAUUAAACCCUCAAAUGUUGGUCUAUUUUUGUCCGAAACUUAAGUAUAUUAAUGGUAUAUAUUUUGAAGAAAUGCUAACCGAUUUCACAGUCCGUAUUAUUCAAGAAGCACGGUCAAUAAUGGAACCUAUUAUAAGAUCAAAAUGGGAAACAGACUUUGCUGAUCAGUAUCCUUUUGUUAAAAAUCGAGAAGAACGUAUGUCAUUGAUUGAAAACAUGAUGGAGCAUAUAAAAGAGCGUAAUCUUCUGGUUGGUGAAGCCUUAAACAAGUAUAAAGAUUUAUUGUUGUUUCGUUGUAUCGAUGAGUUUCUACGAUCCAUGAUAUAUGAUGCCACGGAUAGGGAAUUGUUGCAUGCAGUUAAUUCUCUGGAUACUCCUAAACCAAUUACAGAUGUAGAGAAUUCUACGGAUGUCACUCAUACUACUACGACUACUACUGAUGUUACAAAUAAAUUAUUUAUCAAAUCAGGUGAAUCCACCGCUAAUGAGAAUCAUACUUUGACAGAAACCAUCACAAAUAAAAUGACUGAUAACUAUUUGACUGAAUCGGUUGAUGAUGGCGCUGCUGCUAAUGAUAAUGAUGGGGAUAUUACUGGUGGUGCUAAUAUUACUUCUACCACUGCUAUCACCAGUCAACAUGAGAAUAUUGAUUCAUUACAGUUGCGUACAAAACUUUCUGCAUGUGAUUUAGAAUCUGACGACAUACAAGAUGAUGAAGAUGAUGAUGAGGGGGAAGAAAAAGAAGCAGCUGCGCGAGCUGCAAAUGAAUGUGCGUUGUUCGAUGCUACCGACGAAUUGUUAGGUACUCAUUUACCUGAUUUACAAUUAUUAGCUCAAAGUGCUAAUCAACUGCAAACUACUUUUUUUGUGGAUUCAAUGGGUCGUUUACAUCAACAACAAGUACUUCUCACUCCGAACGGUGCUUGUCAGUUAGGUUUACAAACUAAUGGACUAUCAAAUUAUCAACUGCAUUUGGGACGGUCAUUACGUCAAGGUCGUUCUAUAGUUAUGACUGUUGUUCGUCCACGUGGUAUCAGUGGACGACCAGUGGCCGAAUUUUUGCCUGGCGAACUGCGUAACAAAGAUUAUGUCAAAGGUUAUAUGGCCUCUGAGAUAUAUAAGAAGGCUGUCAAAGAUACUUUAGGUCAAAAAACAACUCCUAAGAAACGUACUGGUACUGGUAAAAUUCGGAAAUCCGAUCAAAUUAAUACAUCAACAGGGGAACGUCCUUGGCCUGGAUCGACGACAACUAGUACGAUUCCAUUAGGCGAACUGAACACUGAAUUGGGUAAUACAGGAGCACCUACCAAAAGAGUAACUUGUACAUCCAACCAGAUGGCGAGUUCACGAACCGGAUCAAAUCGGCCGAGUAAAGUCGACUUUGAUGUCGGCGAAGACACAGGUGGCGCAACAGGCGGUCUUCCUCCUCGACCAAAGAAACGGAAGUCUAUGGGAAUGCAUAGAAGUUUAAGAGAUCUUUGUUCAGAUACCCCAUUCUCAUCUGAUGCCUAUAACAAUACCACUGCUAAUACAGUUGUUGGCGGUGGUCCUAGAUCUGAUGCAACUCCAAUCGACUACGACCCAUUACAUUUCAUUCGUUGUCAUGCUAAGGACAAUGAUGCAGGAGAUAGUGAAACUAAAGUUUGGCGUUGCCUAUUUGAACCAAAUCCAAUGAGACCCGAUGAAACAACCCACGUAGUUGCAACCUGUGGUGGUGAAUGUGUCUGUCUAAUCAAUUGUGAAACCGGCAAAGUUAUGAAGCGUUUUAAACAUAUGGAAGAGGAAUUUUAUACCAUAGCCUGGACAACUGUUGAAGUUGAAGGCAGUAAACGUACUAAUAUAUUAGCUGCUGCAGGUCGUAUGCAUGAAAUCAGAUUACUUCAUCCAGAACAGUUGGUGUGUUAUGCUGAAAUGAAAGGUCAUACAGAAGAUGUGACAGCUAUGAUAUUUCAUCAAACACAAUCUACAAUUUUAUUCAGUGGAGAUUCUAAAGCAUCUGUAAUCGUUUGGGAUAUUGGAAUUCCAUCUGUUCCAGACUAUAAAACACGUUAUCAACUAUUAAUGCGUCUUCGUUGUCCUAGAUUAGAUGUGAAUCCAGUAUUAAAUCUGGUUUUCCUUCCACAUUAUGCUUAUUUAAUAGCUGGUUGUGAGGAUGGACUGUUUGCAUGGAAAAUAACCGAUCUACGUUUAGAGAAACGAGAACGUGAACCGGAUAUGGAGUUGAAAUUGGACUUUAAUCAUGAAGUUUGUAUUGAUGCUUUAGCUCAGCUAAGCGAUAAUGCAUUAGUUUUAAAAGUAGUGGAGUCUGGUGAAAUUAUGGUGUUCGAUUUUGCAUCUAUUUUGGAACGACGUAAAGGACUUCAGCGUGUUGUCCCAAUUGAGAUGCGAGGUCACUUGUUAUGGCAGAAAACGGAUGAAAUCUAUAUUAAUGUAUCUGUCAGACAAAAUCUAGGCGCUGUCCUAUGCGGUGAUAACGAAGGCUCAAUUUGGAUAUAUGACUUGGAUCCAUACUUGGAUGAUUUGCAUUCUUCUAGUCGUAAACGUUUUCAUGUAAAACCAAUCAAGGUAUAGAUGGUUUGCUUUUAAAGAUAUUUUACAUCUAUCUGUUAUUUGUCAUGAAAAAAGCAUCAUGGUUUCGGUUGAUACGUUUUCAGAAUCCUGCAGUCUGUCUCAGAAUUAACACUAAAUUUUUCGAAUCCUCUAAGCAUGUACAGUUCACCUAAUCUAAUUGACAAGUUUUUAAGACUUGAUCCUCCACCUUGUUUACACCUGUUGUUUGCAAGUUAUUAAUCCAAAUAAUCUACUUUCCAUUGUCAAUCGUAUUUCACCGAUCGACGAAUUCACUCUGAUUAUUCAACUAAUUGCGUGCAGUAUUUAGAUUCAUUUUUAGUUUUAGGCAUUCUAGAUCUAUAUGUUGCUGCUGUGUAUAAUUUUAAUCAACAGAACAAGUGGAAGUCAUGAUAUGAGUAAGCAUCGUUCUUCUGUUUCACAUUGUCACCUAGCCUAUUUACUCAAUCCUCAGUUGAAAAUCCUUAAUUUCUAGUGCUUGUUCGAGUAACUAAUUUUAUCUUAUCAGAUAUGCAGUUGUAACAACAGGAGUAGUUAAAUAACAAGCAGUGUUGUUUCCCUUGGUUUCCUUAUCCCUUGUUUACCGUUAAUGAGCUGAACGCUAAACACGUGCAAAAUGAACGACCAUUGUUAAAACGACUUAUAUCCGGCUAGUUGAAACGACUGAUUGAUCCGGUAAUAUAUUUUCCAGUUAACCAGGUCAUCCUGUAAUAUAUAUCGUAAACCUUUCGAUUUUUUUAUUGAUAUUGUGAUACAGAUCAUGUAUACUCUUCAAAUUGUUGAAGUGAGACCAUAAAUACUCUAAAUAGCUAACAAAGUACAUUACGAGUUUGAUUCCAAAUAUUUUCUGUCGAUAUAUGUCUGAAAAUCGUUGUGAUACAUAAUCAGCUGUGUAAACUUUUGUGCAUCUUUAUUACACUAAAAUCCUAUACUUUCUGGUCAUUAGUAUUGUAGCAUAGUACAAAAUAAAAAUGUUGUGCAACUAAACAUUAUUACGAAUAAUAAUCCAAAUAAAAAUUAUCCACCUAAUUUUUGAUCUUGAGUCAUAUUUUGUAAUGGUUAAAACUACCUAGUUGCAUGAUCUUUACGAUGUUCAUCAAGUAUGUUAGGGAUCUGCCAGCUGAUAUAAAACUGAAUGUAACCAUUUUUCUUCCGAUAAAAUUCAUUAUAAACUCAUCACCUUUUUUAUGUUAUCCAAUAUAAGCCAAAUCUUUUGUAUUAGAAUUAAUUAAACUAUUUAAGUACCUCAACGAAAAUCACUUCAUUCAAUGUAACCCUAAAUGAAUUAAAAGAGUAGAGUUCAUUCAUCCGUACCACAUAUAAAACACAAUGCAAGCGCUUCAAAAUCCAGUUGAAUUCUAAUUAAAUGAUAAUUCAAUAGUGGACCACGUAUUUAAAGAUGUAUUAUAUUGUAUACAACUCUAAUAACUACCAACUACCAUAUCUCACCAACACAUUAUGUUACCUUAACAUCUAUUCAAACAAAAACAAUAAAACAACCUAUAGUUUAAUAUUAUAAUAUUUCCAAGAGUAGAAUUAAAAUAUCCAUCAUUUUCCCAAUAACAAAUAUCUAUUAGUUUGUUAUUAUUAACUGUGUAAGUUUCAAUGUAUUGUUACAUACUCUUCUGAAGCUUUAUUAUUUACGGUAUUUUAGUCAGUAACAGCAGAGGAUAACUAGAGCACCACUAAGCAACAAUACAAUUUUAACAGUUCCAUUUUCUUUUAGUCUAUACACGAAAUGUAAAAUUUUCUGUCAUUAUUCUGUCUACAUCAUUGUAAAUUCUAUCUAUAUAUCUUGUAAAAAUUAAUUCUUAGAUUCUUGAAUGGCCUGAAUGUU